AGUAGUAAAUUUGUAGUAAACAGAGGUGUGCCGGAUCGGUGCCUUACUGACACCCAGGCAGUUGCUGUCAACCGUUUUAAGGGGAAGGAACGAGACCGAGACGCACCGAAAUGUCUAUUACCCUAGAGGAGGAGAUCUUCGGCCUGGCCGUGAAUCCGUUUACCAAAUCCCCGGAAAUGGUGCGCAAGUUCACGCUGAAGAACGCCAAGGGCAUGAGCGUUUCGGUGAUCCAACUGGGGGCCAUCAUCCAGAGCGUCUGUAUGCCGGACGCCUACAAGAAGGUCGAUGACGUAUGCCUCGGAUUUGACGACAUCGCCAGUUACGUGGCCAACAAGGGGGCCUACAUUGGAGGAACCCUCGGACGAGUGGCCAACCGGGUGGCGAACGGCGAGUACACGGUGAACGACACGAAAGUCUCGGUGACCAAAAACAUCCAGGACAAAUUCCAGCUGCACGGUGGAUUCGUGGGAUUCGACAGUGUCAUCUGGGAGGUGGUGCAGAAGUCGUCCGAGGGGGUGGUCUUUCGGCACGUUUCGCCACACGGUCACGAGGGCUAUCCGGGCAAGCUAACGUGCCUGAUCACAUACCAGUUGGACAAUGAGAACCGGCUGUGGGUCAGGUACGAGGCUACCACAGAUCGCCCAACUAUGGUCAAUCUCGCUAGCCACGCCUACUUCAACCUGGCGGGUCACGGAUCUGGGGCAAAGGGUCUGGCGGAGCACACGGUGGAGAUUGCUGCCGAUCACAUUGUGGACACGGACGAACUUCAGAUCCCCACGGGCAAGUUGGUCGACGUCAAGGACACCGUCUUCGAUCUUAGGCUGCCCGUGCUGAUGCGAGAUCGCCUCAUGCAGUUUGAGGACCGUUUGAUCAAGGGCUACGACAACUGCUUUGUGAUCAACGGAGGCCAGCUGCAGAAGACCGUCGCCAAGGUGGCCAAGAUCGUGCAUCCGCAAUCAUGCAGGGUCCUGGAGGUCUGGACCAACCAGCCCGGCAUGCAGUUCUACACCGCGAAUAAUUUAACCUCUGUAGUAGGCAAGAAUUGCACCCAGUAUGUCAAACACGGCUCAUUCUGCGUCGAGACGGAGAAGUUCCCCGAUGCCAUGAACCACCCGGAGUUCCCGUCGAUCAGCCUCGAACCCAAUGAUAAGUACCAGCACGAGGUCCUGUACUGGUUUAAGGUCGAGGAGUCCUGGAAGUGCUGCUGCAACAACGACCCGUGAGCGUUGCUGUGAUCUCUCGUAAAUAAAGCCAGAUUAUUAGACUGGUUUCCAACCCCAAA